GUUAGUCAAUCGGUGUCCGGCCGAAACGAAAGAUCUCUGCUAUCGCCGAGCAAACGAAAUUUCACCUAGUAUAGAACACUUCUUUUAAUUUAAAAUUUAAAUUGAUUGCAACUAAUUAAGAUACUCCCCAACGAACCGAACAUAACUCACUUAUAUUCCGACGAACUUGUGUAACUACUUGGAAAUAUUGCGAACAUCCUGUGUAACGAACUCUGUGAAUUAUUUAAAAGAAAUAUAGGAAACUUGGCCAAGCAAUUGUCGAAGAACUGCUCCACAUACCGACAAUAUUUUACUUGGUCUGUGCGCGAAAAAAAGUAUAUUGAAAAUUAACUUAUUGACGUCAUUGCACUGUAAGAAACAGUGGUAAACAGGCAGUAAAUAAACUGUUUACAUUACAACAUCGCCGAGCGAUUGAGUGAGUGAGUGAGUGAAUAUACAAAAGUUUGAGGCACGCCAAACUUUGGUCUACGACGCCCAAGGAUUUCAGAAGCUAAUGAUUGAGGAGAAUCCAACGAUGACCAGGUGAAGUAUAGCAGGGACUUUCGGCAGGGUCGGAGUGCACCGCACAUGCAGUACUUGAAAAAGCAGAAACCCAAAAAAACGACGGCAACAUUUUUAUAUACUGAAGUUACAUAAAAAUGGCUGAAAACCAAACCAAAACGACCUCUAGCAAGGGAUGCAAUGGGAGCAGGACCGCCAAUAUCCUGGCGCCCCACAAUGGGACUGUGGUUCGCAGGACGGAUCCGGGCUCCAAACUGAGAGAGGGCUUCCACACGGAAAAGCACGAAAUCGAGGACUGGCAAACGAUGGCCAAAAACAAAUUGAAGCGGAAGAAGAAGCUGAGCACCUCCCUGACUUCCGUGGGGGAUACGGUGAAUCAGGAGAAACGAACCCGCAUCGAGGGUAUCCAGCUGCACUGUCGCGGGAAGUUGCGACCCAAGGAUACGGAAUCCUUUGAGGCCGAAAAGGGCACAUCUACAGGAUCAUCCAAGCAAUUGGGAAAGAUUGAAAAAGAGCGGGAACGUCCCGUAAUAAUUAGUGGUGUGACGACCACAAAUGUGAUAGCAGCACCUCCGCAGAGGAUAAAGCGAAAGCUGCAAGAGAAUCUGGACACCAUCCAGAAGCUGAACGCCCUCACAGAGCAACUUCGUCUGGAGGUGAAUGAACUAAAGUCCAGCCUAAUCACAGAACGGGGAGCAGUGAGGGCCUUAAGGGCUCAAAACGACGCAGAUAGUCGUCGGUGGAAGAGCGAAGUGAAGAAGCUGCAGCAAACGCUGGACAUUGCCAAGAAGAGCAAUGGGAUAAAGAAGGCCACCGAUUCGGGCCCAGACUCGGCCGGCACCCAUGUGACCGCCGAUGGCCUCAUCAACUAUGAAAUCCAAAGACUGACUAACGAGAUCGCCGUGCUGAAGGAAGCGAACCGAUGCAAGGAGGAGAAGACCCAGAUUAUGGGGCAGGCUGAUAGACUCAAGGCUGCCGAUAUGCGGCAAUUGAAGAACGCGUAUGAAAACCGAUUGACUCACAUACAGAAAUCAGCCAAAAUUGAAAUAACACGUUUGCUAGAGGAAAUAAAGACCAAAGAACGUAAUAUAGGACUGCUGAGGAAGGACUUGCUGGCACUGCAGAGUCCCAAGAAGCAGAAGAGGCAGAGUGAAGCCAAAGUGCCAGCGACGACGAAACCCAAAACGAACCCCAACGAAACGAGCCAAAAGCCAAAGAAACCCACUACGAAGCCAAUGGGAGAAACAAAAGCUAAAACCGAACCAGAUACAGAUAUUGCAGUCGAGCAAAAUCCCAUACGCCAGGCUCAAGUUACACCUGAGAUAACCCAACUCAAGAACAUUGAGCUAAUCAACAAUACGAAAAAUGCACAUAAAUCAGCGCUCGAGAUGCGCACAACAAUGAAGAGCAGCCAGCCGAAUGGAUUGGAUGAUGCUCCUACUCGCAUGAGGGCCCCCGACGAGAUGAGGGCCACCACUUGGAUGACGACGCUGCUCGGCAGCCAUCCGGCAGCAGCCAAGUCGAAGGACCCCAAUUCGGACACGGACUCGGCUCUGUCCUCGGCCCCGCCCUCCAUCAGCCCGCAGCCGCCCUCCAGCGGAUCCGACAGCGGCGUGAUUUGGCAGACUCUGCAGGACCUGGACAAGCUGCAAAAAGAAGCGGAAAUGUACCAGAAGGAGAACGAGCGCCUGCAAACGGAGGUGCAGCUGAUGAAACAGGAACUAGAUGCCGCGGAAAAGGCGGCGAUGGCCAGUGGAAAGAAGCAGGCCCACAUCGGGGAGCUGAUGAAGCGGAUCCAGGAGCUCGAGGAGAAGCAGGCCAGCUUCGAGGACGAGGCCAGCGAGCUGAGGGAGCAGAAUGAACUCCUCGAGUUUCGCAUACUCGAGCUGGAAGAUGAUAGCGAUAAGAUGGAGAGCACUUGCGAGGGCCACUGCCAGAGUCUGCAGGAUCUGCUGGAGCAGUCCGCCCAGCAGCUGGAGGAUCGGGACAAGCGCUGCCUGCAACAAUUGCUGCAGUGCGUCCAGCAACUGGACCUGGAUGCCAUGGUGCCAGGCGAUCAGAACCGGACGGAAACCCACCGGAGGCACAACUCAACCCAAAGUCAUAGUCAGAGUCACAAUCACAAUCACAGGAUCGUAGCCACUGUUCAGCCGUAUAGCAACUGUGCCACGCCCACCGCCCCGCCCACGCCCAGCAAGAGGCACUGCAGCCAGGUGAGCUCUUGGCAGAGCAGCAGCCUCAGCGAGAGCGGAGUGUUCGUGGAGUGCGAUCUGCCAUCUAGUGGGAUUAGCCAUACCCACCUGCAGUACUACCAGGAGAGAUUGGAGCAGCUGGAGGGCAAGCUCCUAAUCUACGAGAGCAGUGGUGACGCCCAGGCGCGGCACUUGGCUCAGAGAUUGCAGCGGGAGCUGCAGCUGGAGAAGGAUCUCAAGGAGCUAGCCGACCGGGUGGAGCACCUGACCGAACAGAACGCCCAGUUGGAGGAGGCCAAGUGCGAGUUCGAGGAGGCGGAGAACGACACGCGACUCCAUCUGCAGCGCAACGAGGUGGAACUGGAGAUCCUUCGCCAACGCAACGUGGAGUUGGAGUUCGGCAAGGAGGCACUGGGCGCCAAGUAUCAGGAUUGCAGGGCAGAGGUGCUCAUCCUGCGGGAGGAUCUUGCUGCAGCCGAGACCCAGUUGGAGCAUCUGCAAGCGGAGAGGAAACAGGCCAGAAAGGAGCUGCAGGAUCUGCGGAGAUCGCUGCCUUUGCUGCUCAUCUGUCGUCUCUUAUCGCUGGCCAAAAUGGGCAACAAUGUCUCCUCCCCAGAGGGCAGUCCGCGUCUCACGUCGGGCUAUACUCCCACAGCCCAAGGAAGCCUCAACUCCAGCGCCAAAUUGCAAACAGCAGACUUUGGUUUGGGCCAGAUGGGAUAUGCUGAUCCCGGCGAGGGUCGUGAGAUUGUUUACCUCAAGGAGGAGGUGAAGAGCCUACGCAGCCAACUCAAAGAACUGAAUGCCCGGCACUACGAGGCCAUGGAGACGGCCGACUCCCACUGGGUGGACCUGGAGCAGCAGUACAAGGAGCGCGAGGAAGCCUACCGAGCCAAGGAGGCCAGCCUCAAGCAGAAGAUCACCCAGCUGCAGGACUGCCUGCGGGAUGACUCCCGGGCGGCCACCGAGAAGAUCCAGCAGCUGGAAGAGGGUGAGCAGGCGCUGAAGACCUGCCUGGUGCGCAUGACCAAGGAGCACCGCGACCUGCUCACCGAGAAUCAAACGCUGCAGUGCAGCAUGGAGAGCGUGAUGGCCAAGAUGGAGAUGGAGGCGGAGCACAAGAUGCCCCUCACGGAGGCCCUGGAGACGGAACGUCGAAGGAGCCAGGCCCUGAUGGACGACCUGAGCUUCGCCAAAAAGAUGCAGCAGAACACCGAGGAUCAGUUGAGGCAGGAGACGGAUGCACUGCGCACCCAGAUCUUUGACAUCAAAAAGGAGUACCUGCACAUCGAGGUGACCAACAGUGAGCUGAAGGAGGAGGUGGGCACGCUGGAGAACAAGAUCCGCCAGAUGGAGGGCCAGAUGAAGGAGUCGGAGGAGCGGGCGCGCUGCCUGGAGGACGAGCUGCGCACCAAGGACGAGCAGUGCCAGUUGAUGGAGCGAAAACUGGGCGUGAUGCCCGAGGGCUACAGCCUGGCCGACGAACUCUACGAUAGUCCUGCCAAGCGGGCCAAAAAGACCGAGGUGCCGGAUCUGCAGACCGCCAGCAAGGGUCUGGGCGUGGCUCUACUCGAUCUAGAGGGUCGCGACUUUGAUCUGCCACUCCACAAGGACUUCCAAGCGAUCGCCUGCAGCGUGAAGCAUCUGGCGGACACCCUCCUCUCGCAGAGUCCGUCCGAGGUGAGUCUACCCAAGAGCAAGCCUGUCAAGUCAGACGAUGCCAGCUGGGUCACCGCCCAGGAUGGCUCAUCCACUAGAAUAAGCGGGGCAGGACUGUCGACUGUGACCAGUCUGGAGAGUCAGGGAAAUCAAGAAAGUCGGGAGAGUCAAGAAGGUCAGGUUAUACAGGAAACUCUAGAAAGUCAGGAAAGUCAAGCCAGUGAUCCCACUAGCACUAGUUACCUAAGUGUCCAGGCAUCCUCAUCCAGGCCACGGGGCUUUAAGGUGGGCAGAUCUGUACAAAAAUCCAGAAGAUCCCAAGGAGGAGCCGAUAGCCGGACGAAUCUCAAGCAACAAACAACACCUAAGGCCGCAGAGGACCAAGAAAAGAAAAUCAGUGAGGUUCCCUCUUCCAUGAGGAAGCUUUCUGAGGAGCAAGAACCUGAGCUUCGGCCUGGGAAGAAAAACAAAAAGCGGGCCAAGGAUACGAAGGAGGAGCAACCUAACCCCCAACGUCGCCAGCGAUCCAUGUUACGGCGUUUCCUCUUCAGGAGGAUAUAUCGUGCCCGCAUGCGAAGUCGAUCUAUGGGCUUCCAGCUCCAGCAGAGCCUCUCCUGCAACAGUUUCCACUCGGUGUUGUCGGUUCACACGGCUCACUCCUCCAAAUCGGGGGUUUCACUGUACUCCCUGCAUGCCGAAGUGGUUAAUCUUGAUUGGGAAUCACUGGCCAGCGUGUCUUUCGUGCAAACAGAUGAGCUCAAGUGUCUUGAGGAAGAGGUUCAGGCUACUCCCAUUUGCAGUGAACAGGAAGUCCAAGUGCAACCGGAAUUGGUGGAGUGCAGCACUCAAGCGGAUGUGGGUGUGGAGCAGCGGCUGCUCUUAAUGCCUCUGAGAACCAGGUGCUUUGUGGAUCUCCUCCAGGGUGCAGUGGACGGGUACUUCGAUGUAUUCGCCUUCCGAACCCGCCUGCUCCAUUUGUGGGAGGAUGGGGAAGAUUUCCGGGAGAACCUCGAGUUUAUGCAGGACAUGUGGGCGGAGAAGAAUCACCAGGAGUCGCUGGAAAGUUACGAGGGAUUCGUGGCGGCUCUCGGCUGUGUCCAGAGUCUGAAGAGUGCUCUCAAGCCUGCCUCCUCGGAGCUCCUGGAUCAGAUCGAGCAGCGCAUCCAUGCCCGCCUGGUCCUUUAUCACAACCAGAAGAUGGAGUCGGAGUUCUGCUGCACCGUCUACAUUCCCGUGGAGCGCAGCAACUCUAUCUUGUUCAGGGGCCCCAGAUGAGUUGUCUCUUGAAAUCUCCAUUUCGAUGUAAAUACUCCAAACAUAAAUGUAAAUUACCGAGUGA